CCAACAUGGUGGCAAUGUGCUACACAGUUUGAAAAUGCAGGUCGUGUCAUGCUUUGAAAAAAAUCAUUUUAUACUAGAAUUUGGUGGAAAAUGUCGGACCCUAAACGUGCUACUCUUAUAACAGUGGGUGCUCAAAAUAAUGGAACGAAUAAUGUGAACAAAACAGUGAGAUUAACUAUAAAUUUGGUUGAAAGCAACGAAAGUAAAUAUCCGGAGCUGAAUUACAAGGAACUAGUCAGUGCAGAAGAGCGGAAGAAGAAAGUAGAGAAUGGCAAGACCCCAGGGCUCGACCCGUUCUCGGACAACGACGAUGACGUCGAGAGGGUCGCCAGGAAGUUCGAACAGAAAUAUGGUGGUAAAAGCACAUACGGGAAGAAAAGAGGGCGAACAAAACAGGACGAUUUUGCAGACAUCGGCGCGGGUUACGAUGAGAACGACUCAUUUAUUGACAACACAGACGGGUACGAUGAGAUGAUACCGCCUGAAUGCGACACCCUGUACGGUGGAUUCUACAUCAACAGCGGGUCGCUAGAGUUCAAAAAUGUUGACAACCAAGUGCUGUCAGACGCUGAGCCCGGAGCAAACCGGAGGAAUAAGAGGCGAAUCUCGUCAAGUAGCAGCGAGGAAGAAUCUUCGGAGAGUUCGUCGGAGUCCAGUCAGGACGAGAAAGACACAAAGUCUACAGUCAACGGGGUCGAUACACAUGACACGGAACAUCGGAAGAAGAAGAACAAAAAGAUUGACAAGAAGAAAGCAAAGAAGAUCCGUAGGACUGACUCCUCUGCAGCCACUUCCGGGAAACAGACCUCUGAUGACACGGCGCAGGCGGGCGCGGACUCGGACUCGCGCUCGGACUCGCCGGGCUCCAAGCGCGCGCUCAGCUCCGGGAACAUCACCUCCGACAGCUCCAGAGAUGUGGAGAGCAAAUUGGAAGUGAAGCUACCACCGGCUGUGAUCACAGCGGUUGAAGAAUUAGAAGCGAUUGUGAGCAAACUGUUGUCGGACAAUCCUAACUUGCCGCAGAAAGAAUUAGAAGGAAAGACUGACUCCAUUGUGCUUAGAGUGGAGACAGCGCUGUCUGUGUGCGGCGCGCCCGAGACGCGCGUCGCCCGCGACCGCGUGGCGCGCGCGCUGCGCCGUCUGCCGGCCGCCGUGAUACAAGCACCAAUUGCUCAACCGCCCAACUCUAGUGUUACCAGUAACAAUCGCAAGUCUGAAGAUACUCUAGAUAAUAUAGACGUCCAGAAUAUGUCGCCCGAUGAGAGAGAGGCCCAUAUUAUUGACACACUGAAAAGACUAAGAAUAUUGAUAGAAGAACGCAAACCCGCCAUGAUAUCAAGUUAUAACGCUGAAUGUGCAAGAGUACAGGAGGAGAGGAAGAAGCUCCAGAUAGCGUCAGCGGAGGGCGGACAGAGGCCGGCGCCGGAGCGACGCCUGCCCAAGCGGCGGUUCCCGUGGUGUGCGCGCGCGCGCGCGCUGCUCGCUAGGCUGCGUCGGCUGGCGCUAGACCAGGAAGCCGCCGCGAUACUUUUAGCGACCCGAGCGCUGCCAUUGUUCCCCCGAGGCUUUGUAAGAAUGCCCACACUCUUACGUCAAGCUGACCUCAGCAAAGAAAUCAAAGCGACAGACCUGAAGCGUCAGCGACUAAACUCGUUCACACAACAACCGCCACCACUGCCCUUCACCGAGCCCAUACAGUUCCCCAGUUCGCUCACCGUCACCACUACACUCAAAACAUCUCCGGAGAAACCUGAAACACCAGCAACAGAGGACAAAUUCAAAACUAACUCUGUUUUCGGAUCGAUCAUCAACACUUUCUCCUUAGGCAAAGAUAUAUCCGUAGAAAAACCUGAUAAGGACACAACUGUUACUGUAGUGGAUAAAGCGAAAGAAGACAUAUACAUUCCACCAAAUAAUAUUGGAAGCAUAACUAUCACUCCUGUGCCUAAAGAGAAAAAAGUCAACAAUGCUCUAACAAUCACAGAGAAAUAUAAAGAACCUAGCUUAAUUAGAGUCAAAUCGCCAGCGGCUUUGAAUGAAAUGGUGAAAAAAGAUAAAGAGAAACAGAAGAAAGUGGAAAAGGAGAAGAAUAGAGUAGAUUCACCCUUGCACAUAGAUACCAAUGUUAAUCAAAAUAAGAAACAGCCUAGUCCGAAAUCUAAGGAAGAAGUGUCUCAGAAGCAAUUAGAAAUAAUGCGAGUAGCGGAAAAUGAUUUGCCGCGACCCGCUCUGAUACCGGUACAUCACUCGCCCACGUUCGCGAAACCAGACAAACGGCCACCGGAAACCAAGAAGAAAAAAGAAGUUUUAAUCAUAUCCGAUGUGGAUCCAUUAGGUGACAUUCAAAAUGAACCAGUAGCGGUCGAUGACAGCAGUAGUGAUGUGGAAGUGAUUGAAGAGAACACAAAAUGUGACAAAAGUGAUAAAAGUGAAGUGCCUUCCAAGGACAAAGUGUCUCGGGAUUCUAAAACUGUCAAUAGUGUCAUACAUAAACACAAGGAUGGAUCUAGAGAAAAGGAUAAUAAGGACAUUGAUGAGGCAACCAAGGAGGAUAUAGAUAAACUUAUGAGGAAUAUUAGUGAAAUGGAACAUUCGCAAGAGCAAAAGUUGAACAGUAAUUCCUUUGGGAGUUUGUUAAAUAAUGCAAGACACGAGAAGUCUUCCUCAACGCUGAACCGCAUGUACGGCGGGACGCGAGACAAAUUAUCGAACUUCUUUGAACAAAAUGGAUGGAUGUAGGCCAAUCACAGGCUGAGUCGGAGUUCAGUAUAGGUUGUUACACGGAUAUUAGUAUUUAUUGAUGGCCUGAACUAACUCAACGGUGGCGGUAUGUCGACAUUUGUUAUUAUGAUUCAUUAAGAAAAAAUGUUCGUGCCUUUUCCGCUAUCAAAAUAGGCAUAUUGUACGGCAGCUUGUAAUUAUUUUAAUGCAAAGUCAAAACAAAAUAUUAUUAGUACUUUUGUGACAUCUCAAUCUAAAAAUUGUUAAAAACUAAAGUAAAUUUAAUGGUAACAUUAAAAUUGAAUAUCCCGAUCGAGCUCGAAAUAUACGAAGUUGCUAUUAUACUACUUUGCUUGAAUCAUUUUAUAUUAAUAGUACGAAAAUGUAUGUUAAGAUUACCUUGCAACUCGAAAAAAAUAUACUUUUAAUUAAAUACAAUCAUCAGAUAAGAAUGUUUUUAAAAAAACGUUUUCUAGUUUCAUUCUUAAUUCUACAAUACACAAAAAUAUUGCGCAGUUCAAGAAAAUACCAUACAAUAUUUCCAAUACUUCGUAAUUUUGAUAAUUUUUAGACAUAUUAUGAAAGAUAUAUGAAGAUAGUUUGUGGGUUUCUUCCUUAUUUCGUAGUAUAAAUAUUUUGUCCAAAUUGAUUCAACUAGUUUCAACUGUUUGCAAAAAUUGCAUCAUAUGCAUAAGGCUUAUGCUCAAUAAUGGGCAAAAUUGUGCCAAGACGAUGAUUCGACGCCGCCACCCAACUGUUGUACUGAAAAUGUUCUUUUAUAAGUUUGUAUAGUCUCAUAUUUUGUAUAAAUUAGUUUUACGUUGUUUGAAAGAUAGCUCAGCUCCCAUAGCACGUCGACGGGGCGUAUCCAUUCUGUGAUGAUUUUAAUUAUAGAUUGUCGAUGAUUGUUUAGUGCAGUUUUGAAAUGUCAAAAAUCGAACUUGUCUUGAAUUACGAGGCUAAAAUUUAAGAGGCAAUUUUUGCUGUUUUUUAUUUUAUUUAUUUGAUCUAUCGGAUUAUCAAUCGUCUGAAAAUUAUAUUCUAUAUUAAAAUUAUAUUCAUUUUUUUUCAAUCGUUUCUCGUCCAGUAUAUUUCCUUAAAUACGAAACCAUGACUAUAAUACUCAAGACUUAUUGCGUAAUUUUUAUUUGGUGUAGUAUUUUAAAAAAGAACUGUUUUAUUUUUCAAUGUUGUACUAGCUAAUCAUCGAAGAACAUAAUACAGUUGCCGAAUUUUUUAGCACCUAUGUUUUAGUAAAUAUGGCAAUAUUCAGAAAUUGUGCAUUAUUUUUCAUAUUUUCCGCAAAAUUAUGAUGAAACUUAUUUAUUAAACUGUCUAGUCACUAUCAAAAUGCAUGUUCUUCGUUCCUUUGGCUUAAUAUUAGCUACAUUUGAUGCGGUGUUCGUGAUUGUUUAAAGCAUUUCUAUUGGGGUUUUUAGCUUUAUAACAAUGUUUUAAUUUUUUUAAGCACACGCCAUCAUUUUGAUCACUAAUAUUACGCGUUUGUUCAUUGUGUUCACUGUUCGUUUAACCAAGUUGAUGUUAUUUUUUAUUCGACUUUUGUGUAUUGCCAUAUCUCAAUAGAUAUUUAAUAACUGUAAAGACACUAUUCCGCGGAGCUGUAAUGUCUACCUGUGAGUUUGUAUCAAUGAUUCGGUUCGAUUAGUUGUGAUUUGAGUUAGCAUUGAAAUUUUAAUCCCAAAUUCCAAAUUAUGCCCAAUGUAAUAAUUAUGAAUAAAUAUUUAUAAAUAGAAAU